GGAAUAACCCCUGCACGAGAACAAAAGCAAUAUACAAAACUCAUAUCCUUCCGGAGAGGAGAGCUUGGCCCAAGCAUUUGUAUGAUAGUUGCUUGUACGCUGUAAAACUCCCGUGUCCCCUUCCUACAAUAUCUAGUGAUUUGCUUUAGAUCAAGACAAAGUAAGUUGUUUGGCGAAGACACAUGAAUGUUUUUACCUUAUUUUUAACUAACAUGCCCCAAAUGUAUAAGAUGUUUGCGCUUUAAGCUUGGAAAAUACACAAACUAGCAAGGAAUAGAGCUUAGCCCCGUGGGUUGUGGCACCAUAUCCCUUCUGUAUAAUGUCUAAAUAGAUUUAACUUUUUAGCCUGCCUAAUCGUUUAUAGGCAAAAAUUCUAUAAAAAGAAUAUAUUAUUAGGCGAAUUGAUUGAUUCAGGCAGAUUGUGUUUCUGUUGGUGAAACAGCUUAGUUUGCGUGCUGUUUACUUAUGCAACUUCUUGGAUGUUCUUAUUCUUUCCAAGGACGACAUAGUAAUUUACUUUGUUUGGGAGUGAUUGGUUAAAUCUUUAUAUUAUGUUAAGUUAUUUUCAGUGCUGCUGACACGUUUUGAAAUAAUUUUUACUUGUAUUUGCGCUCCAGUUUUGAUGUUUAAUAUUUUUAUUUUAUCUCAGGACCACUUAGCAUUAAUGAUGGAACUUCUUGGAACGAUGCCACGUAAGAUAGCACUAGGGGGGCGUUAUUCCCGUGAUUUCUUUAAUAGAUAUGGUGAUUUAAGGCACAUCCGGCGAUUGCGAUUCUGGCCCUUGAAUAAAGUCCUCAUGGAGAAGUACGAUUUCAGUGAGAAAGAUGCAAAUGAUUUGACGGACUUUUUGGUUCCUAUUCUUAAUUUUGUUCCCGAAAAGCGGCCUACAGCUGGUCAGUGUCUUCUGCAUCCUUGGAUCAAUGGAGCUCCACGUCUUUUGGAGCCAUCCGUGUCUUCUAAUCACAACCCAGCUGCUGAAACUGCUGUUUUGGAUCAGAAGAAAAGGGAAAAAGAUGAGAGGGAGGCCAUGGAGGCAGGAAUGGGAAAUAUUGUUAUCAAUUCAGAUUCUAAAUCACUGAUGCAAUCACCAUCAAAGAAAGCUUUCCAAUCCACUCAGCAGUAGUUCAUCUGGCAAGAGCUCUUUCCUGUGUGGCUGUUUCUAUGUUCUAAGCGUGCCCCUGCAUCAUUUCUCUCAAUUAUUGGUGCCCAUGGGAAUUGUUUUUGGGGCAUGUCUAUUUCCUGGGUUUUCCUGAACUUCUGAUUUGGAUGGGGUCGGAGAUGUUUGAAGCCAAGUGCCAGCUAAAUCCUUUCUAGUCUUUCACAUUGCAUACGAGAGCUCUCACUACUAAGAAUACUGCUAUCAUAUACCCUCUGCCUUGUUUCUCAUGCCUAUAAUAGGUCAUAGAUGAGCCUCUGUCAACUGGUUCCAUUGACUUGUUUGUGAACGUUGUUGAUUAUCAUGUGCCCUUGUGCUUAAUGAUAUUCUUGAUAUUAAAACAAUAUGUAGACAUUUUCAGGAAUUUCAUUAACUAAUUUUUAAUUUAAUAGUAACAGGAAUGUUGAAAGUCAAGGAAUAAACAGUUUCGUUAAAAUCAAGGAUAGAUUUGGUUCUUGUAUUUUAUUGUUUUUUGAUCAAUGGGAAGGGGAAUUAGUCUCGUACAGAGGUUACGGUCUGUCACAGAAUCUAGUAAUGAAGGAGUGCAGAGUCUUGCAAGGAAUUGGAAUUGAUUUAAGUAAAUUUUGUUGCUAUCU